AUGCCGUGUACUUUUGCCGCAGAGAGGGCGUUUGGCCCCGCGGUAUCUUCCUGUCGAAGGGUGUUUGAUUUUACCCUAUUCUUCGAGGAGAUUUUCUUCGCUCUGCUGCCGUCCAGUUUGCUACUAGCUGGAUCUGCUGUUCGUUUAUCAGUGCUAGUUCGAAGACCUGCGUUAUGUACACGAGGUUUUCUGUAUUUCCUUAAGCUGAUCACUGCCGCCAUAUUUGCAUCUCUGGAGCUUCUUUCUCUCGUCUUUAUAGGGACUGAUCAUGGCAAAACAACGCGAGUUUCUAUUCCAGCGGCCGUUCUGUCACUUCUUGCUUCUCUUGCCAUCGCAGUUCUCUCUCAUUACGAGCAUACCCGAUCUCAUCGCCCUUCAUUCCUUCUUGCAUUUUAUUUAUGUCUGACUGUACUAUUUCGGUCGGCUAUAACAAGAACAUACUGGUCAUUGGAGACAUAUCACACCGUUGCGUCAAUUGCACUCGCAGCACUGGCUGUGCAAAUAGUUAUGGCAGUGCUGGAAAAUAGUGGCAAACAACGAACUUCAAAAGACGCCCAUAUCAAGGAAAGAUCCAACGAAGAAACUGCUGGCUUUGUCAAUCGCAGCUUAUUCCUGUGGUUAAAUCGCCUUCUGUGGACGGGUUAUAGACGCAAACUUGCUGCGUCAGAUCUGCAACCGAUUGAUCAAAACCUGUACUCCUCACGAUUAAGCGCUCGAUUUUCCUCCAUAUCUGUAGAGAAUGCAGAUUCUUAUUUCGGUCUGCCUGGCCGGACUUUAAUGUCCUUGGGCCAUUAUCUUCUUUUUCCUGUCUUGCCUCGACUUUGUCUCACCGGAUUCACUUUUGCCCAGCCAUUUCUCACUACUGCUCUGAUCCAGUAUCUAUCAGACAAUUCCGCACCGAAGAACAAUGGAUAUGGAUUGAUAGGCGCUUCUUUGCUCGUAUAUGGAGGCAUUUCUAUCUCGAAUAGUUGGUACUCUCACAUGACAUACAAGUCGGUCACAAUGAUUCGAGGCGGUUUGGUGGACGUGGUCUUUGAUAAAAUGUUACGUCUGCGUGAAGAUAAGGAACUAGAAUCCAAGGCCUUGACUCUCACGAUCAAUGACUCGCAGCGUAUCUCAUCAUCAAUAAUAUAUCUUCACGAGCUAUGGGGCGGAUUACUACAAACAGGUAUAGCCACCUGGCUGUUAUGGCGGCAGGUAGGGCCCUCGAGCUUGACAGUACUUGGGUUAGCAAUAGUGAGCACUACAAUAUCGACAUUUAUCGGAAAAUCAACCGGUAAGCAGCAACAGAAAUGGAUGGCAGCUACAGAAAAGAGGAUAGGGACUACUAGAAAGAUGUUAUCCUCUCUUAAAGCGAUAAAAACGACAGGAUCUGAGCAGCGAGUCAGCUCUACAAUACAAACACUUAGAGCUAGAGAAUUCGCUGCAUCCAAGAAGUUCCGUACGCUGUUAGUAAGCAGCGUUCUGUCAUCUUUUAUUACACUGACACUAUCCCCGGUUCUUGUUUUUGGUGCAUACAUCGGAACCACGCUAUCCUCUCAGCACAAUCUCGAUUCCUCCAAAUUGUUCAGCUCGUUAAUACUUAUCAGUCUCUUGGCGUCACCAUUGAUACGCAUUCUGCAAUUGCUCCCUUCUUUUGGGGCCGCUAAGGGUUCUUUCGAUCGGCUAAACGAAUUUUUCCAGAAACCGGACAGAUUGGACUUUCGGCAGCUUCCUUCUGCCCCAACGUCUUCUGAUGUAAUGACCGUAGACGCUAACGUAAUGACCAGCAAAAGUUCAAACGUGGCUGAGAUGGCACAGGAUAUCGCAGUCAUAAUCGAAAAGGUCGAACUGGGCUGGACCACUGAAGCAUACCUACAUGACAUCUCUCUAAAAGUGUGCAAGGGGAAUCAUGUGGUUAUUACUGGCUCUACCGGCUCUGGAAAAUCUCUUCUAAUGAAAGCAAUUCUGGGUGAGGUCGAAUGCCUAGCUGGCAGAGUCCGAAUCAGCAGUCCUUCGAUUGGGUACUGUGGUCAGAGUGUCUGGCUAGAGAACGCUACACUGCUUGAAAAUGCGUUCCGGCGCGCUUCCGAUGAUGAAGAAUGGCGCCGCAAGAUCAUCGAUGCUUGUGCGUUGACUGAGUUGUUAGACGCACAGGGGCCUGGCGAUACUAUCGGUAGUGGAGGGAUUCGUCUGAGUGGAGGCGAGCGACAGAGACUGGGCUUGGCUCGAACUAUUGCUCUCCGACCUGAUAUCAUCAUUCUAGAUGAUACGUUCAGUGCUCUGGAUAGAAAGACAGCUAGACAGAUUCGAAACAAGCUAUUUGGUCCCAAUGGGCUUUUACGAUCGCUCCAAAUCACUGUUAUUGAGACAUCCCAAGAUGCACGCUGGGCAACGAUGGCAGAUCAAGUCUAUCAAAUCGACAAAACUAGUGGUCUACCACCAUGUGAAGCUGCAGUUGCCGGGAUGAUAUCGUAUGUGGUAGAAGACGAAGCUGAAAUAAUAGAGUCCAGCGACAAUGUGAACGUACGUUCAACAAAGCGUGAGAAAUCCGAUGCUCCGGAACCAGCCUCCCUUGUAACCGAUCGAACUGUCUAUCGGACUUACUUUAGGGCAAUCGGAGUUGGAGAUCUUUUCAUUUUCGGCUUAUUCGGUCUGGCGUUCGCGUUUUGUAUAAAGUUUCCUGAUAUCUGGGCGCAAUGGUGGUCUGAAGAUAACGGGUCUCGAAAAAUUGGCUACUGGCUUGGUAUAUACGCCAUGCUUCAGAUUCUACCGCUUGUGAUGUUAUGCAUAUGGUUAGGGCACCUCCUUCUUCAAAUUGUUCCCGCUUCAGGAGUAGGACUUCAUCGGCAAUUACUAGACACUGUUUUGAACGCAACGUUUCGCUUCGUUAGUAUUACAGAUUCAGGGGACUUACUGAAUCGAUUUAACCAAGAUAUCAUGAUGAUUGACAUGUCGCUGCCACUAAAUCUUUUCAACACGAUUUCAGCUCUUCUGACUUGCGUGAUCCAGGUAGUUCUAGUUGCUGUCGCUGCGGUAUAUGCCCUGGCGAUACUACCAGCUCUAAUGAUUGCUCUUUACCUUAUUCAGCAUUUUUAUUUGCGCACGUCAAAACAACUUCGACAGCAUGAAUUACAGUCCAAAGCGAGUCUGCACACGAAAUUGAUAGAGGCAUGCGCAGGUCUAGUAACGAUCCGCGCACAUCAAUGGCAGAGCAUUUUCAAACGUGAAUUUCAUGAGCAGCUUGACAGGUCGCAAGAGCCGAUCUACCUACUAUACGCAGUACAACGCUGGCUGCAGCUGACCUUAGAUCUCGUUGUAGCUGGCCUAUCAGUAACCGUGGCGGGCAUAGCCCUCGGCAUUCGAGACAAAACAAGUCUAGGGGCUAUUGGUGUGGCAUUCUUGAAUCUUACUACACUUGGACAAACUAUGACCGACCUAUUGACGUCCUGGACUGCACUUGAGGUGUCUCUUGGCGCCAUUGCACGUAUCGAGGCCUUCAAGAAAGAGACACCGCCGGAGAUAGACCCGACAACUCCGACCAAUGUGCCUCCAUCUUGGCCUGAGUCCGGCGAAAUCAAAUUUGAAAAUGUCAGUUCGAGCUACACAUCAGCUACCGACAAAUUUAUCUGGAGCAUAGAUAAAAUUAGCCUCGCCAUUCGACCCGGGGAGAAGAUUGCUAUCUGUGGCCGCAGUGGUUCUGGGAAAUCCACAUUGAUGCUGACACUACUUUCGCUGAUGGAAAUGCGGAAGGGCACUAUCCUAAUUGAUGGCAUUGAUAUUUCUGGCGUAAAGCCGUCCCUACUACGAUCACGCUUCCAUGUAAUUUCGCAAGAUAUCUACAUACAUGGGGAGACAGUCCGAGACGCGUUUGAUCCGCAGCGAACUUCCAGCGAUGAUAACAUUUGGUCCAUUCUCAAUGAUUGUGCACUCAAACAGAAGGUUGAGGCAUCUGGUGGCCUUCAGACUGCAAUGAACGAAGUGUCAUUAUCUGCAGGAGAAAUGCAGCUCUUCGCAUUGGCUAGAACUAUCCUCAGUGCGGGACACCGGCCUGGUGGGAUUGUUCUUUUCGACGAAGCUACAAGCAGCAUCGAUAUGGAGGCGGAAACCAGGAUAAUGCAUCUAAUCAGAGAAAGACUGCGUGGGAAAACUGUGAUUUCCAUCCUACAUCGACUAGAGACCGCCUUGGAAUACGAUAGAGUGCUUGUCAUGGAUCAAGGAAAGAUUAUCCAUUCGGGGACGCCAUCGGACGUGUUGCAAGAGGCGGACUUGUUCUCCUCGAUGAGGGAUAAUAGAAGCUCAUAG